GCAACUGGAAGUCAGUGUAGGGCCGGCCAUGACAGGGUUAACAGAAACCCUAGUAGCUGUGGGGGGAGGAGCAGAGCAGGGGAGGAGAGAUCACAGAUAUCUCUUACUCUCAGUUUCCCGGGCAGAGGCAGCGUGGGGGAGUGAAGUUGCUGCUGUGUCUGCUCAGCCUGCAGGGAUUUCGCUUGUCCCAAAUUGUCACGGCGAUGGCUGCGAUCGAGGAUUUAUUCGGGAGAUUGAGGGCGGAGGCGGCUAUCCGGGGUGAGGACUGGCUGCAGAGGCAGUUGGGGGCGCUUUUAUCGCAGGAUGGAGGGGACAUGGGGCGCAUGGCGUCGGGGCCUAGCUGCGUCCAGACCGGACAAGCAGCAUCGGGGCCGGAGCACACAGGUGUGGUGCUGGCGGAGUCGGGGCCUGAACGGUCGGUCCGGGGAGCAGUGCGGGCACACGGGGACACAAUUCAGGUCGCAUCGGGGCCUGAUCACACAGGCAUGGGAGCAGCGUCGUCGGGGCCUAGUCACACAGGCCGGGGGGCCUCGCGGACGCGCUCGUCCCGCCCCCCCCGCCGGUAUUCGCCCAGUAUAUCCCCGGGACGGCAGAGGGGGGAUAGUGGACAUAGCAGGGCCCCUUCGGGCCCCCCCGCGAAGCGGGCGGCGGGUAUUGUGUCGGAAGGCCCAGCCGGGGGCACCAGGAGUAGCGUGGGUGCAAGGGGGGGACGGCCAGGGGGCUCAGAUGCGGCGGCCUUGCCCGCCCGGCGUGUGGAUCAGGCAGUGACGGGCCCGGUGGUGGGGUCUCGGCGAGUGGGAUCGCAGGCCACGGUGGCUAGCCCCCCAGCUUCCUCGGCUAGCCACUUGCAGGAGGUGGAGCGCGUCGGCAGCAACAGGGUUACGCCAAGCAGGAAAGCUUCGGCAAAAUCGCCGCACGGGUCCAGGGCCCGCAGGGGGAGUGAAUCCGGCCCUGGGCCUUCGGCCUCCGGGACCGAGCCGCCCAGUGGGUCAUCAUCGGAGGAGGAGGAUCGGUCGGAGGGAGAGCGGUCGGGAUCUGAGGACGAGGUCUUGCCCAGGACGAUACCAGCAACGAGGGAUUCGAGACGGUCGGCUGAUGGGAUUGCUUCCACGCAGCCCGUGGGACAGGUUCCGGGAGCUGGUGCCGGAGGCAGAGGAACGGGGGGUCCCUUGUCCGGAGUGGCUGUGGCAGAUUCCAUUGGAACAAUCUCCACCUGGAUUAGGAAAUCGUUGAGUGCGGGUACUUGGGCGGCCUAUGAGAAGGUAUGGUCGGAGUGGAGCGAUUUGGUGAGGGAAUCGGAGGUUCACCUUUCGGGACCGGAGGUGAGGACACUGGUUCUGUAUUUUUUGUCUAGAAACAUGGAAGCGGGAGUGUCGCCGUCGGCGUUGGAUAAGAAAUUGGCCGGGUUGGCAUUUCUGUUCAAAUGGCAAGGGUGGCCGGAUCUUACAAAGGACUUCUGGGUGCGACAAGCUCUGAAAGGGUACAGGAAACAGGGGCGGCGACCUGACACUCGCCGCCCGGUGUCUUUCGAAGUUUUGAGAGGAAUCCUGGCUAAAGUGGGGGCGAUAUGUUCAUCCAGGUUUGAAGUUACAUUGUUCCGUGCGGCAUUCGCGCUGGCAUUUUUUGGGGCCUUUAGGGUGGGCGAGCUGGUGAGCCCGUCGAAAUUGGUCCAGGGGGGCAUGGGAGUUGCGGAUGUCGGUUGGACCCCGGAGGGGGUCACGUUGUGGCUCAGAAGGUCCAAAACGGAUCAGAGUGGCAAGGGAAGGGCGGUUCAUGUGUUCCCAAUUGAAGGGUCGGAGUUGUGCCCGGUCGGGCUGGUAAGGGACUACCUGGACAUACGUCCGGGGGUGGGGGGCGCCUUGUUGGUACACGAAAAUGGGUCCCCGAUGUCACGAUAUCAGUUUGUGGCAGUGUUUAGGAAGUGUCUGGGGGCAUUGGGCCUGGUGGCAAAGGAGUUCUCGGCUCAUUCCUUUAGGAUCGGGGCAGCUACGGAAGCGGCAAGGAAUGGACUGGGUGAAGAGGCAAUAAAGAGGAUAGGGCGUUGGGAAUCCAGGCGGUUUCAAUUAUAUGUUAGGCCGCAGCUGGUGGCUAGUUUGGGUUGAAGGUCUGGGGAGUGGGGUUUUGAGUUACGGGGCAAAGGGGGUGACAGGGAUUACUCAAAAGCGGGUUAUCUCUAUGUGGGUAUGUUGGUGACGUGUUUUUUUUUUUGUUUACUGUUUUUCAGGUACUGGACCGCUUUUGGUCUGGAUAAUGGGCCACUCCUAUGUGGUUCGGGGGGCCAGACGGGCGGAUGAUCGCCCGACCGGUCGCCAGCUGGGAAUAUCGAGACAGGAGGCGAGUGUAAGGUGGUUGGGGGUCCCCGGGAUGUUAUGGAGCAAGGUGGUGCCGGAGGUGCACAAAUUUGCACAGCUGGACAGGCCACCGGAGGUUCUGGUUAUUCACGCCGGGGGGAAUGAUCUUGGAGUGAGAUCGAUGAUGGAGAUAGCACGGGACAUUAAAUUUGACUUUCAGCGGAUCCGGAUGUCCUUUCCGGAUACGAUAGUGGUGUGGUCAGACAUGGUGGCCAGGGCAACAUGGAGGAUGGCCAGGUCGGUAGAGGGGGUGAAUCGGGCGCGCAGGAAGAUAAACAGAAAUGUGGGGCGGUUUGUGCUCAGGAACGGGGGGCUAGUGGUUCGGCACCCCGAAUUGGAAGUGGACACAUGGAGAUACCUCAGGAGUGAUGGUGUUCACCUCACGGACGUGGGGAUUGAUAUGUGGGUGUUGCGUUUAGAGGAGGGGGUACAGCAAGCGAUGAGGGUGUGGAGGUGCUCCCAUAGGUAAGGGGUUACCUUUGGGUGCUGGUGG